GAUGGGCCGAAUGGCCUCCUCUCGUUUGUAAACUUUCUUUUGUUCUUAUGUAGCCUACUCACAGCAACAAAUAAGACUUGUAUACUUCUAUAUGAUUCUAAAUACGUACCUGUUUCAGAAAUAAAGGAAUUGUUAGACUUCUCGCUGCAUAAAAGAAAGUUCAGCUUUUCAGAACACACAUCUGUCUUAGUUUUAGAUUGUAUCGACCCCCGUGUCCCCCCCACAUACAAAUGCUACAAAACGUUGAAAUGACACAUUUUUAAAAGUUAGAGCCACUAACUCAAAGAACCAAAGAACUUAUAACAUAUAGACUAGAUGAUUUUAAAAGGCUUUUUUUAACAAACAAAAAAAAAGAAUAUAAAGUGGGACAAAGUUUUUAAGGGUGAACACGAUAUACAGAUGGUUUAAAUAUAGAUUGUUCCUGGUCCUGCAAUGAGUACGGUGUAUUUUGCUUUAGGCCAAGUUAUAGAAGAAGAGCAGAGAAGACUUAAAAUAGAUUAAAAAAAAAAAAAUACUUAAAAAACAUAGGAGGCGUGUUUUACUGUUCCCUUUGAUUUACUCCAUUGUUUUUAACUUAAUCUUUUUCUCCCCUAAACUGCUUGGUAUGCCUUUGUGUUGCAGUACUUUGACUUGUUCCCUUGAGAAUAUUGUAUGUUGCUGUACAAUAAUGAGACAGGGUGAAAAGCAUAAAGAAGGCUUGUCUAGAAAGAAGAAAAACAGCACAGAAGACAACAGAAAUAGGGAACUGGUGAUAUAGACUCGUGACAUAGUUUAAUUAGCUAACGGUCCAUAUUCAAGAUGUGAUGCACAGAAGACUUUGAGAAGAACAGAAGAACUUGAGCUAGUGGUGCCAGAGGUAAUACAUUGACAUUUGACUCAGCGACUGCCAGUGGAAAUAUGUAUGGUGGCCAUUGUCUCCAUCUAGUGUUCAAGGGAACAGUUCCAAGCUCUCCCUCUAUGUACAGUAAGUAUAGUAUAUACUUUUUGUAUACUAAAUACAUUCUGUAUACAAAUCUCAAUUACAUUUAACUACAAUUCAUUGCCCACUUUUUACAUGAUUUUAAUAUAUUCUAAACAAAUAUACAUCAAUGUCUGUUAAAAAAAUGACUUGGAUAAAUGAAGUGCUGCGAUUGGCUGAACAAGAUCUCAUGACAGUGCAGUAAUAAUUGUCUAACCGCAAGCUAUGACAUCACAGACUAAGUCACUUACCCGAUCCAUUAAUAUUACUAUGCCUUAAUAAUAAUAAUUAAAAACGAGGGGCUUUCCACAAGUUAGUUUUGUCCUUUUUUAAAAAAAGAAACAAGGACCAGAUGGAGAUUAGAUAAAGGAGCAUUCGGAACAGAAAAUAGGAGGUACUUUUUUUACACAUAAUUGUGGCUGACUGGAGGAUUGUCAUUUGAACAAUUUCUUAAUGAGAGUGAAGCAGAACAAAAUGCUUCUCAACCUCCAUUGAAAAAACAAAAGACUCAGUCUGUAAGUAGACUGCUUAAUAUUUCUAACAGACAACUAGAUGAAAUUCUAGAACAAAACUGAAAAAAACCAAUAGAAAAACAACUUAAUGGGCAAUGAAUGUUUUUAAUAGCAGGUUGAAACAACAACAAAAAAACAUCAGCUUUGGCAAUUGUAUGCAACAGUUAGAAAUGCUUAAGGAAAUGAAUACAGCAUCUCAAAUUUUUGUGGUAUUAGAGCUGGCAUAAAUCACUAUCUAAACAGUGUUUCUGAAGGUAGAAAUGUCAACAUAGUAACUGAAACAGAGUUCAAAUUAUUCAACAAUCUUUUCAUCUCUGUCGCUAAGAAUUACAGAAAAUCAGGAAUAACAAGAUCUGGUUUGAUAUACAUUUCUCCUGUGCUCGCCAUGGACGGGAAAGACUGCGCGCUACACAGGUCUGUCUCCUCCGUUUCCGUGAUGUUAGCAGCAAAUGCCAGUGCAGUGGUUGGCAGUUCCAUGAAUCCUCCCACGGGUUUAGGAAAUCAGCCUGCUUUCAAUUCCUGAAUGCCAUUUAAUCUUGAAAAUGUUUCUAUAAAUGGCAAUGUUCAAUUUAUGUUUAUGGCAAAUAAAGUAUAAAAUAUUUGAAACAGUCCUCAGGGGCUAUUUUUUCUCAGUGGAAGUAUACAUUCUAUGGUUUUCUUUCUUCCUUAAAGCUAGUUGUGUAAUUAUUUAUGCCUAUCUAAGCAUUCUAACUGACCCUAUUUGGAAUACUGUAAGUAAAUAUAUAGGUAUGGAGUUUACACACUAAAACUUCUAUUAAAAGGAUUAAUGUAUACAGUUAUAGAACAGGACAGGUAAUCUGACUGUUAUAAAUUCAGCACUGGUGCCGUUUUAUUUAAUGUGACAGGUGGUCUGAAAAGGCACAGUGAAAGUGUAAGGUACAGCACUUGCAUUGACACAUAGGUGGGUCUGUGUUACUUCCUAUUGGAAGGUAUGUUGUUUUACGCCAAGCUGAUUCUAUGACAUUAUCAAGGGGCAUCUGUUUAAUUUAAUUUCACUGCUGAACUACCAGGGGGUGGGAAUGUUAACUACCAACAUAAUUAACAUUGUGCUGGAAAAGAUAUUGCAGGUGUGCAUACAACACAGUCAUGAGUUUGUUCUAAACAUUAUAUUGUAUAGCUUUUGGAGUAAAUACAAUUAUAGGAUUAAAGCAACUGAAUACUAUAUGUAGUUUCCAGAUCUUCUCUGUUCCAAUCCCCAUGCAGUUUGCCUGCAAACUGACGUACCUGCUUAUAUACUGACCUUAAUCUUUUUAUUAUCUUACAGUAAUAUUGCUAAGCUUCUGUCCCUAGCUAUCAGUUUCUAAAGCAGAGCUGUUUCAGCACCAGGGUGGCAAAGUGGAAUAGAGAAACGCAUACGCAGAAGGAAAUGAUUAAACAGAGAAUGAGAGCAGGGACGUCAGGAAUGCUCGGGACUCAAAACGAGGAGCUGGUGACCUCCCAAUUUAAAAAUACAGUCAGUGAAGUCAAGCCUCUGGUUAAGAAUGGCAAGGUUCUCAAAGCACAUGGUUUCCAUCUGUCAAAUAGCCGUGGAGAUGACAGACCAGGUCAGGUUACAGCUAAACCCCUGUUUGAAGGUCCAGCACCGACGGAGGCAGUACCAGUUAGAUCAACACCACAACCGAAAGAAUCUGAGGACAUCUGCUCAAGGAGACCUUUGAAGCUUGCCCCUUUGGAGCUCUCCAGUGAAGUGAAAGAAGCUCAGCUACAGAAAAUCAAGGGGAUUCAGCUGGAAGCCAAUAUGGCUACCCAGAAACUGGCCGCCACCAUUGAUGAACCUUACCCCAGAAAGGGAAAAAAUCAAACAAAAGAGGACUUUGACACCUCGGCUGGGAUGUUUAAAAGCAGUCAUUUAAAGGAAACUCCAUUAGCCCAAACACCCCUGAACACAGCAAGGUCAAUCAGGGCAGCCCCUGCACCCAUCAUCCAAGAUGAAAGAAAGAGCAUACUUCCCUGCAAACCCUUGAUUCCCAAGCUUGCCAUUGCAAAGCAUGAGGCUCAAGAACAAUGUUCCAGGGAUAGCAGCAAGCAUUGUGAAAAUCCCAACCUGUUACAUACUUCAGGCAGACGCCGUCUAAGGUCAAAGCAGGGAAAAGGCCUUGAGGAGGAUUAUGGCAGCAAAGGAAGCAAUGUCAGCAAAAAUAAAUCAAUGACUGCAUAUCAUUUUAAGCCACUGUUAGAUAUGGUAUUUCGAUUCCUUUAUACAGUGUCCCAUAGCAGUAUUGGAAAGGUACUUGCAACAAGACCAAGCUCUGAGACCAACUAAAUCGUCUAUCCUUCCCAGCCGAUCUUCGGUGCAAAACAGAGAAUGGGAUCAUUGACAAAUUGAGCAUUACAAUUUACUAGACAUGUUGGGACCAUAACACACUGGCCUUGUUUGAAAGUGUUCAGGUGUCCUGUGUUACACAAUAUGUAGUUUGCAAUUCAGCACUAUUUAUGUUAAACCACUGAAGAAGAAAUAAAAAGCAUACAUCAUAGUGAUGAUAUGCUGACAAUAAUGUCAAAGAGCUUUACAGAACUGGUGGAAUUUGUAAAACGGUGCAUUGAGUUCAAGUAGUAAAAAGUAGCCCUUCAUCACUCAUAUUAUGAAAUCCCCUAUUAAGGGAAUACAGCAGAGAUGUCACACUUCACACAUUCUCAAAAUAUUUGCAGAACCGCUCAUCCAGUUGUCAUGAAACUUGGUAUUAACAUACACUGUGGAGAAUGUCAUAUUCUGGGGAUAGAUGGUGGAGUCUGUCUGCCCAUUUCUAUGUGACACUUACAUGUCAUACAUAUCUGCAGAACCACUCGUCCUGUUGUCAUGAAACUUGGCACAGUCAGAAAAAUAUCCUGAAUAAGCGGUUGUCCCAAUUAAACAAGAGGCA